AUGGAGCCCGCCGUGGAGCGACUGGCUGUAGGCUACGAUGCUGAAGAGGAGCGCAAGGGUCCUGUCGCUGCUUACCCUGAAUCCAGGUCGUGUUACACUAUUAUGAAAAAAAAGCGGACGCACAAUGCGCUGGUCCACAAAAGGCGAUGUGGGACACAGGAGCACCCCUGCGUCUCGGCGGAGAAAGCACUUACAUCUAAUAUAUCUACAACUGCACAGGAAGCACUGAAGCCAUCAAUACGGAGAGCCACAGGUCCCUGCACUUUCCCAUGUCUAAAUGGAGGCCAUUGUAUUCAUUCAGACUCCUGCAACUGCAGCUUAUAUCAAGGCACUGGGCGGCGGUGUCAGAAAGUUCCAAACACAGGUUUUGAGAGAGAGAUGACAUGCCGAUCGUGGGGGCAGUACAACUUUGAGACCUUUGAUGGGCUGUACUUUUACUACCCUGGCAAAUGCACGUAUACUCUGCUGAGGGACUGUGAAGACGCCACGCAGUCCAGUGUUCUCAUCCAGAUUCACAAUGACCCAGACUGUGGGCCCUCUCCCUACACUUGUGCCCGGUCUGUCAGCCUCUUUCUGCCAUGGGAAGGGGAGAUCAGGUUGCAAAACUUCACAGUUACCUUUAAAGGCCAAAGUGUUCAGCUCCCGUAUAACAUCCAUGACAUUCAACUGGAGAGGAUAUCUCAGUACAUCCUGGUCACUCAGCAGCACGGCUUCACUCUGGCCUGGGAGGGCUACAAUGGCUCCGUCUACAUCAAGAUGAGCCCAGAGUAUGUGGGCAGGACCUGUGGGCUGUGUGGGAAUUUCAACGCAGAUGUUCAGGAUGAUCUGAAGACCAGCUAUGGUGUUGUCACUGAAGAUGUGGCCAUGUUUGGGAACAGCUGGACAGAGGAGGAGCCCCACCAAGCCAGCUGCCCCAUGGUGCCCUCCUUGUACCCGUCCCCCUGUGCUGACCAGGAUGCCCACACUCGUCUGAAAGUUGAAGAAGUUUGUGCAACACUGCUGAAGAGCCCCUUUAAAUCAUGCCAUGAGUUUGUCAGCCCUUAUUCUUUUAUGGCCAGCUGCUCAAACGACCUUUGUCUGUCUGGUCCCAGUGGUGAUGAAGUAUGCCAAGUAUUUACAGAGUAUGCCAGGGCCUGUGCCCACGCAGGUCACACGCUGCAUGACUGGAGAUCUCACAUACAAGCUUGUGCUGUCUCCUGCCCAGUGGAACUUGUGUACAAUGAAUGCAUCACCUGCUGCCCAGUGUCCUGUAAAGUGGAGAGGAUGUGCAUCGACAGCAAGCUCCAGUGUCUGGACGGAUGCUACUGCCCCGAUGAUCUGAUCUUUGAGGAUGGGAGCUGUGUCAAGGCCUCGGACUGCCCCUGUGAGUUCCAUGGCAUGCUCUACCCCCCUGGUCAAGUGGUCCAGGAGGAGUGCAACAACUGCACCUGCCUGGGGGGAGUGUGGAACUGCACCGACUACACCUGUCCAGGUGAAUGCUCCGUCACUGGUGACAUGUUCUUCCAGUCCUUUGACGGACGUGUUUACACCUUUCCAGCCACCUGCCAGUACGUUCUGGCCAAGAGUCGCAAUUCUGGAAAAUUCACCAUCACCAUACAGAAUGCGCCUUGUGGACCAAAUCUUGAUGGGGCAUGCAUCCAAUCAGUUAACCUGGUCGUUGACGAGGAUCCAAGGACGGAGAUUACAAUGAGCCACAUUGGCGAGGUCUUCGUGUCUAGCCAGUACCGAAUCUCCCUGCCCUAUUCAGACGAGAUGUUCCAUAUCCAGGAGCUGUCCACCAUGUUCCUGCAGGUGAAGACCUCGCAGGGCCUGCGGCUGCAGUACAACUGGCGGGAGUUCCGCCUCUACCUGCAGGUGUCGGAGCUCUGGAAGGAGGACACGGUGGGCCUGUGCGGGACCUUCAAUGGGAACAUUCAGGAUGACUUCCUGGCUCCCUCUGGAAUGAUAGAGAGCACUCCACAGCUGUUUGGGAAUGCCUGGCGUGUGCCCUCUGCGUGUAUGCCCAGUCUUAGCCUGCCACAGCUGGACCCCUGCGAUGCCCACCAGCAGAUCGCCUUCUACGCAUCUCAGAUGUGUGACAUCCUGAACCAGGCGCUGUUUGCGCCCUGCCAUGCCUACCUGAGCCCGGUGCCCUUCCACCAGCAGUGCCGGGCAGACACCUGUAAGUGUGGGCAGCCCUGCCUCUGCUCCGCCCUGGCGCACUACGCCCGCCACUGCCGCCACUUCUCCAUCAUCAUCGACUUCAGAGCUCAGGUGGCCGACUGUGCGAUCACGUGCCCAGAGACCAUGGAGUAUGGCAUGUGUGUGUCGGCGUGCCAGCGGCGAUGCCAGUUCCUCUCCAUGCCCCAUCUUUGUGGAGAUGAGUGUGAGGAGGGCUGUGUGUGCCCUCUCGGAACAUUCUACAACACGCGCACCCGCAGCUGUGUGAGAAGGAGUGAGUGCCAUUGCACCUUCUUAGGGGUGGAUUACGCACCUGGGGAUGAGAUCAUGACCUCAUCAGGUGUACAGGUUUGUCAAGAUGGAAAGAUAAUGUCUCAAAUUUCCUUCAUCAAUGAGACAUGCCCCCCUGGCCAGCGGUAUCAUGAGUGCAACGAGGUGAUGGGCAGCUUGGCCUUGAGCAAAGGUGUGGCCUGUGAGGAGACCUGCGAGUCGCACCUGCUGAACCUCACCUGCUCCGUGUACGAGCCCUGCAUCCCCGGCUGCGUCUGUCCAGAGGGCUUGCUGAAACAUGGAGAUGAGUGUUUCCGGCCUGAAGCCUGCCCCUGCAUCUGGAAAGGCAAAGAGUACUUCCCUGGGGACCUGGUCACCUCCCCAUGUCACCAGUGCGUUUGCCAGCAUGGGACGUUCCAGUGUGUCUUCCAGCCAUGCCCUUCGAUGUGCACUGCCUAUGGAGACCGCCAUUACCGCACAUUUGACGGACUGCUGUUUGAUUACGUCGGGGUGUGCAAGGUGUACUUAGUGAAGAGUAGUGUGGAUUCAAUGCUGAGUGUGUCAGCUGAGAAUGUGGAUUGUUAUGAAAGUGGAGUGAUCUGCCGAAAGUCAUUACUCAUCACCAUUGGUCGAUCUGUCAUUGCCUUUGAUGAUGACAGUGGCAAACCUAGCAUGUCGAGCGUGGUGGACAGGAGGCAGGGCAUGUACAUCUGGCAGGCAGGCUACUUCACCAUUGUGCACAUCCCUGAGGCGGAUGUCACCGUGCUCUGGGACAGGAAGACCACCGUCCACAUCCAGGCUGGACCUCGUUGGCAGGGUAAACUCUCGGGUCUCUGUGGGAACUUUGACCUGAGGACGGUGAAUGAGAUGAGAACUCCAGAGAAUAUCGAUUCUGCAACCCCGCAAGAGUUUGGAAACAGCUGGACCGCUGCCGAGUGUGUUAACAGCCCUGACAUCAGACACCCAUGCAGCCUGAGUCCCCUUCGUGAGCCGUUUGCUAAAAGGCAGUGUGGCAUUUUACUCAGUGAAGUCUUCCACGUCUGCCACCCAGUGGUGGAUGUGACGUGGUUCUACAUGAACUGCCUGGCAGAUACCUGUGGCUGCAACCGAGGAGGGGACUGUGAGUGUUUUUGCACCAGCGUGGCAGCCUAUGCCCACCAGUGCUGCCAGCAGGGCAUCACCGUAGACUGGCGCACCCCCUCGGUUUGCCCGUAUGAUUGUGAAUAUUACAACAAAGUUCUGGGCAAAGGGCCUUACCAGUUGACCACGUACAGGGAGAGGGACACAGUGAUCACAGCCAACAGGACCAGUGGGGUUGUUCUGCCCAGAAGGAGAUCCACUGCAGGCCAUGGGCUCCUGUCCACGUUCAUGAUGACCCCAGGCCUCAGCAGAGUGCGGCCGCAUGAUACAUCACUCGUGUCCUUUGAGGCUGCGGACAGACCAAAUUACUUCCUGCGGGUGGACAGGGGUGGCCAUCUCAGGCUUGCGAAGUGGCAGGACAGUGAGGCCUUCUUCAACCAGUGCACGUUUGUCCUGCACCGGGACACCUGGAUCCCCGGCUACGACUCGCUGGAGUCCUUCUCCAAGCCGGGCUUCUUCCUGCACUACAUGGUCUCGUGGGUUCACCUCAUGAAGUACAACCACUCCGACGGCUUCCGCAGGGCCACGCUCUUCAGGCUAGCAGGUCAGCAGCACUCUGGGCUUAUCGGACCACGGUGCCAGUGGCGGUACGAGUCAUGUGUUAGCCCCUGCUUCAGGACCUGCAGCGACCCGUCAGGCCAAAGCUGCAUCACUAUUCUAAAAGUGGAGGGAUGUCUCCCUGUCUGUCCAGCUCACAUGGUCCUGGAUGAGGUCACCCAGAGAUGUGUCCAUCUGGAAGACUGCACUAAGCCCCCAGUUGCCGUUCAGCCCAUUACGCUGUCCAGCACCGCGGCAACACCUGCAGCUGUCACUUCUGCCACCACCACAACCACUUUGGCCCCCUCCACCACACGUGCCACUCCCCCCUCCCCCACCACCACCACCACCACCAGCGUCCCCACUCAGGCCCCAUCAACCACCACCUUUGCUGUGGAGACCUUCAGCACCACAGUACGUGCCCCAACCUCCAGCACUGACAAAGUGGUCACUCCAACCACUACUGUUACCGCCAUAGUGGCCACAGGGUCAACCCAGCCCUCAACCCCCAAGCCGUCUGCGCUACCAACAGGCACAUUUGAAUCCUUCUCAGCGACGGUCAGACCGGUGGUGGUGGACUCUGUGAGGACAACUGCGAGGACGUCGGCUGCCUCUCCCUCCAUAGUCCCUGUGGUCACCACCACGGAGACCACAAGCAGGACACCCAGCCCCUCGACCACUCCUGAAUCUGCCAGCACUCAGAAAACGACUCCCGCAUCCCCCACGUCGCUGUUCUGGCUGACCUCCUCCACGGCCAGGACAGGCAUCACCUCACCUCCCUCCGCUACCACCACCAGUCCCCCCUCCCCUCCCUCCCCUACUGUUGCUGAACCCACCAGCACGACUCCGGGGCCCACCAGAGUGAGCACUCUGCCUGCACUUCCAGUCUCCACCACCAGGGUUACCAGUGCAGCCACAUCCAGCACAGCUAUGACCUCUCCCCACAUCACCACCACCUCCAGCACUAGGGCCACCAUAGCCUCUGAGCCCUCAGUAGUGACUGGCAGGACAACAGCCUCCAGAGUCUCCUCUACUACACCCACAACCAGAUCUCCAGAGACAACCCAAAGCACAACUGAGCAUCCUACACCAUCAGUCAAAACAACAACCCAUGCCACUGAGACUAGGACUACUGUAUCUGUUACAGAGACUACAUACUCGCCUGCAACUUCCCCCACUCACACCGUAGCUUCUACCACAGUCAAGGCCAUUCCGGAAUCCACUACAGAAUCAGCCACACCUAGUGCUGCUUUCACCACUGUGAAGACAACACCAUCCAGAGCCCCGCGGACAACCCAGCCUCUCAGCUCCACAGUACCAACAGAGCAGACAGUGCGGACGUCCCCCACAGAGCCUCGGACAUCAACGACAGUUGUUCCUGAGCCAUCCUCCAGCACACUGGCUUACACAGCUCCAACAAGGACAACAACAAUUGCUGUGCCUGCUUCGCCUACCUCAGAGCAAGCAGCUACCACGAAGAAAACUACCACAGUGGUCACUCCAACAGCACUUUCUCCUCUGACCACUCGUAGUACAACGCCACCACCUGAGGUAACAGCUACAACAGAGCUAACAACUACAAGAGAAACAGCGUCACCCACUGCAUAUACCUCAAGAACAUCUGGGUCACCAGAUGUGUCAACCACUGAGAAGAUUACGAAGACCUCUGCGUAUGUCACUGUGGACUGGAGGCAGACUACGACCAGUCAAGCAACCACUUCCCACGCCACGCCUGUCCAGCCUGUUCUUACUGAAAUCACCUCAACCACAAGACUUCCUGAGAGACCCACAACAGCAGAGCCCAUUCAUACAGUGUCCACAACUUCACAACUGCCCAUUCAUAGAGUGUCCACGACCACUCUUUCAACAGUACGGCAAACAGAGUCCACAUCAUUGUCUCCAACUUCUGCUGUGUCCCAGGUGCCAUCCACAAAGACCACAACAUACAGACCACACGUGGAGGUCACCAGCACUACGUCCCAGCCCAGCACACGAAGAACGACAGACUGGCAGACACGUCCUCCUUAUCCAGAAAUGUCUUCCACGCCUGUUGCUGUCACACACAGAGUGACCUCAGCCACCAAAACUUUUAUAUCACCUUUUCCCACAGGUGAGGCCACAUCCACGAAGACCAGCACAGCUCCACCAAGCCCCAGGACUACGACAAGCAUUGCCACGUCAUCCACUGGAUCAACUCUCUCAACAACAACAACAACAGUAGCAACAACAACAACAACAACAGCAACAACAACAAAAUCUACAACACCCACGGAGAGAGUGACUAGUAGAAUUCCAACAACCACAACAACAAUUCCAGAGGUGACGACAGAGGAUAGACUCAGCACGCUUUCAACAACUGCAAGGACACCUCGACCCAGUACUCAAACCACUGCUGUGAGGCCGGUGACCUUACAUCCACAUACGGACACCACCAGAGUUCCUCCAGUAACAGGGAGGGUCGAGGUGUCGACAACAGCAGCCACCACAUCCCGGCCCUCGCCAUGGUCACCCGUAGUCUACACAACCUCCACCCCAGCGACCUCAAGACCAAGCACUCCUGCAGAGAGGGUCACCACCAGAGUGACCCCUACUACCCAAACUACACGGACCACGACAGCGCUUCGAACGACGUCCAGAGUCACUCCGUCCACGGCAGCGUCCCCUGGAACCCCCACUGAGACAACCACUGCAGGCACCACCAUUGCCAGAAUCACAGAAUCCACAACAACAACAUCACCAACAUCACCAACAUCACCAACAUCACCAACAACAUCAUCACCAACAUCACCAACAUCACCAACAUCACCAACAGCAACAACAACAACAACGCCUUUGUCUUCCACGUCCACAGUGAGGCCGCCCCCCGGUUCCCCGACGGCAUCAGAGUCUGUGUCGCCAACCCACACUCCUCGCACCACCAUUAGAUCCGUAAUUACGGAGCUCACGACUGAAACUGUGGAGACACUGCCUACAAAGACCAUGACAGUAUCCUCAACGCCAGUGGUCACUUUGACAUCAACAGUAGCACGACCCAAACUGACCACCACCACCACCACCUCCGCCGAGAAGGUAUCGACCACAGAAGGAACUACCUCUGCCUCCACACCUACGCUGGCUAUUCGCCCCACUCCAGAAGCCACUUCAGCACUGACUGGAAAGUCCACUCUUGGGCCUGACGGAGUGACGACAUCCACCUCUUCAGCACCAGUGACCUCUACUCUUCCCACGCCACUCUCCACCAGAGGAACCGAACCCGUGAGGUCAACAGAGACAUCGUGGUCACCCGUCACUCGGUCCACCUCAGAAGAGUCUUCCGAGGCCCCAGAAACGCCCGCUGCUUCAGGGGAACCCACCACCAUGACUGCCCCGUCUACCAGGAUGUGCACACCACCGUACUCAGAAAUGAUUGAUGAAUGUACCAAGUACAUUUGUGUUGGUGGACAACUGGUUUUGUUCAACAAGUCUCAGAGUUGCCCAUAUGACUCCGUUCCCCCUAACUGUGGCCUUCUGGGAUUUGCUAUUCUCGUGAAUGGAGACAAGUGCUGUCCUAAAUGGGAUUGUCCAUGUCGCUGUUCUGUUUUCCCUGACCUUAAUGUCAUCACCUUCGAUGGCAACAGCGUGGCCAUCUACAAAGCAGCCUCCUAUGUGGUGACCCAGCUGCCCAAUGAGACUGUCAGCAUUCUAGUCCAAGAGUGCCCAGUUUCAGAUACGCUACUGUGGAACUUCACAAAUCUCUGUCUGGUAGCUCUGAACAUAACACACAAAUCACACAAUGUCCUCAUCAACAGACUCCAGAGAAGGUUAUAUGUGAACUCCAGGUAUGCCAAGCCCCGCUUUAGGAAGCAUGGGUUUGAGAUCCUGGACACGGGCAACAUGUAUCUGAUCAGGACUCCUACAGGACUGAAGAUCCAGUGGUUUCAUAGCACUGGCAUGAUGGUGCUGGAAACGGACACAUACAACAAGAAACUGCCCACCAUGGGCCUAUGUGGUUGCUGUGAUGGCAACCCAGCUAAUGACCUGACCCUGUCCAACGGCACCACGGUGGGGGAGAGCGAGGACCCCGCCGUGUUCAUCGACAGCUGGCAGCUCCCAAACACCACCAGCUACGUCAGCCAGAGCCGCAGGCGCGAGGUCAACUGCUCCACCAGCGACUGCUCCCAGUGCCUGGACAUGCUGCACAACAACAGCUUCACGCCCUGCCAUGACUACGUUCCACCUGCGACAUUCUGUGAACUGUGGGUACGAGAUGCGGAGUAUGUCAACAAUCCAUGUGUGGCACUGGCUGCGUAUGUUGCCUCUUGUCACAAGUUCAAUGUCUGCAUUGAAUGGAGGAGCCCUGACUACUGCCCCUUCCACUGCCCUGAGACUCUGCGCUACCAGGCCUGUCUGACCACGUGCACGGCGCAGUCGUGCCCCAAUCAUGAGUUUGAGUAUGACCCUGAGCAGUGCUCCGGCCUGACCGAGGGCUGUGUGUGUCCAGAGGGGACCCUUCUUCACCGGCCCUACUCAUCCCUCUGCAUUCCGCCCAGCAAGUGUGCGUGCACGGACAGCUUCGGGACGCCGCGUGCCGUGGGGGAGGUGUGGAAGGCCUCCAAAGAUGGCUGCUGCAUGUACAGGUGUGAGAACGACACCAUCGUGCCGGUGGAGUACAACUGCACGGAGACGCCUCCGCUCGAGUGCAAGAGAGCAGGAGAGGUGGUCAUCAGCCUGGCCGAUGACAAGAGCUGCUGCCCACAGAAAGCCUGUGUGUGUAACCAGACUCUUUGUGAUGCUGCACCUCCUGAGUGUAAGUUUGGAGAGAGGGUGGUGUCGUACUUCAGAGAAGACUCCUGCUGCCCCGACUAUGCCUGUGAGUGUGACACUGAGCUGUGUGAGACAGAGGUGCCACCCUGUCGGGACGACCAGACCCUAAUCGCCACAAAGGCUGAUGGGAGCUGCUGCCUGGCAUACAUCUGCAUAUGUGACACAUGCCCAGAAAUUAUUCCGAAAUGUGAAGAGGGGGAGCUGCUGACGGUGGAUGCUAACAGCACUGAUCGCUGCUGCCCGGCCUAUCAAUGUGUUUGUGAGCCAUUCCGCUGUGCAGAAUUCUCCUGUCCGCUGGGUAUGGCUGUAUCUGUAGACAGCCUGCCAGGCCGCUGCUGCCCCCAGCACACAUGUGAGUGUGCAUGUGACAAGCUUCCAAGUCUGAAAUGUGCGCUGGGAGAGAUCAUGCAGCCUGACAGAUCAUAUCAGUUUGACCCCAUUAACCAGUGUGGUUGUAAGAGAUACAAGUGUGUGCGAGACGCUGUCUGUGUGAACGGGGAGAGGGGUGUGAUGCGGCCGGGUCAGACCCUGGUGGAGCACAGUGAUCAGGGCGUGUGUUCCACCACACACUGCACACACACACUAGACCCGCUCUCCGGCUACCACCUCAUACGGACCACCAGCACUAACUGCUCUGCUCAGUGCUACCCGAAUCAGAUCUACAUCCCACCCAAAGACCUGUCCUCGUGCUGUGGGGUCUGUAGGAACAUCUCCUGCCUCUACAAGAAUGAAAAUGGCUCCGUCACUCUGUAUAAGCCAGGGAAGACGUGGGUGUCCGAUUGCAUGAGGUAUGAGUGUGCAGGGACCCAGUCUGGGCCCACCCUCAUCUCCUACUCCUACAGCUGCCCCCCCUUCAAUGAGACCGAGUGCAUGAAGAUUGGUGGUACCAUAGUAAGUUAUAUGGAUGGAUGCUGUAGAACAUGUAAAGAAGAUGGCAAGUCAUGCCAGAAGGUAACUGUAAGGAUGACGAUCAGAAAGAAUGACUGUCGAAGCAACAGACCGGUGAACAUAGUGUCAUGUGACGGGAAGUGCCCCUCAGCUAGCAUAUACAACUACAACAUCAACACGUACGCACGCUUCUGCAAGUGCUGUCGUGAGAUGGGUCUGCAGCGGCGCACCGUCCAGCUCUACUGCAGCGGCAACUCCACCUGGGUCAACUACUCCAUCCAGGAGCCCACUGACUGCUCCUGCCAGUGGUCGUAGGUACGCCACCACUCCCCCUCCACCCAGUAGGUCUUCCAGUGCCAGGGGGCACCUGUCUCACACCAUGCCAUCCCAACCUAGAGCUGGCACUACAGGGGGGCAGACCAGCUAGUGCCAGGGCCAAGUGAGACACUUCAGAGUAGGGAUGCCAUGCCGGUCUGAACAUCAGGGCCUGCUUUUGGUGACACAUUAACACUGAGGUUUGUUUUUGAAAUGGUGGCGUAUUUAUUUGACAGAAAUUCAAAACUGUAAUGUACAGGUAGUAAGACUGGACGUUAGGUUGAGGUCAGGUAUCUGAAAUUGCAGAUUCUCACACUGGGUCUCAGCCCACACUGGGGUUGCAACACAAACAGGACCCACAGGCCUGAGAUAUACAUUUGUUUCCCUUGAUUAGAUUCAAAGCAAACCCUAUUUUAAUGGUUACCUCCUCUCCCCAAAAAUGUGGUGUCUGAAAAAAGGCCAGGAUAUCCACACACAAAAGAAAUUUUGAAGACCAUUUUAAUUAUUCAUUUAUUGCAGAGGCCAAAAAAGAAGGUGCUUCACAUUUUUAGAAUUCUGUAAGGAGUAUAUGUGUGUCUAAAGAAAAACUGUAAUAUUAUAAUCAACACCAGUACCAAUAUGAAAAGAACUAGUCUUAGAGCACUUAUCUGGAAAGUCUCGCCAAAUAAACAGCAUUGUUAGAUAAAGAACCUAGGCAUUUGUACAACAAACUGGGACAUUCAUUAUGUUACAUUAUUAUAAAAUAAUAAUAUAUUAUAUUCAUUAUGAAAAUGGAGAGCUAAAUUUUGACCAACAGACCACAUCUGACAUACUAUGGUAACUUGUAAAUGGAUGUAGGUAUUGUGAUCCCUGAUCAUGACGAUGCACAGUGUGGAAUUAUUCAUUUGGACAGAACAGCUCUAUUUAAUUUAGCUGGGUUGACAGGGAAGCUUUAUAGGAUCAUAGCACAUUAAUCUCAUCCAACAGCACACUUCAAUUGUUUUGAAAUGUACAUAAACUAAUGUACUGGAUUUUGUUCCCAUUCAAAUAAUUUCUACAUUGACAUAUUAUGAACUAUGUUAUGUUUUUAACCUUAGCUAUAAUAAUACCUCAAUGCACUGUAUAUUAAUGAUUUAAGAGGCUUUAUAACCAAAUUAGGAACAUUUUGUUAAAUUCAAAUCAAAGCUGUAUUUUGAGCACUUUAUUUAUUUAUUUACUGGCAUCAUAGAGCAAUAAUUCUCAAACUACAACCGUGCAUACAUUUAUUUUCGGCUCAAACCUUUUAUCUCCACAGCUUUUUACAAACUUUAAAUGAAUGUCAGAGAUUGUAAAAAUACGCUGACAAGAAUAUUAAUAUCACAUUACAUUCACACCCAUAAUGAAAAAUUCUCUUCCAUAACAAAUACAGUAUUUCUUUCACAUCAUGUACACCAUACUGUACAAGCGCUUUGUCAUGAUUUGUGUGUGUGUGUUUGUUUGUAUGUUUGUGUGUGUAUGCGUAUAUGUAUGUGCAUUGAAUUUGGUAAUUGUCACAAAUUUUGAAAGCAACACCCAUAGUAAAAUAUGUGUACCAUAUUACAUGAAUAUUUGCAUUUCAAUAAAUAUUUC